AGAGGAAAAGUCAGUGUUACUUCGUAAAUUAUGAUGGGUUUGUUUGCUGCAAGGUCUUGGCUUAUCGGAUCCGUGGACGGGGACUGGGUGGAUCGUGCUAACGGGUUCUGGACCGUGUUCUUGUUGUCCACGUGUGCAGUUGGUGCGUUGUUGGUGCGACUUAUUACUACCCCAAUAGUCUGCUGGGUUCCAGCUCAUUUCACAGCGUCCAUGACACUCUAUGUACAAGAGAAGUGCUUUUUACAAGAACAUUAUCAACAACAUACCUCAGACGACAUUCUUCAAUUCAACUCAGAAUUUUCUUACCAUUUGUGGAUUCCAAUAAUUCUGUUCUUCCAAGCCAUUUGCUUCUUUAUUCCAAACCUUGUCUGGAGAUGUUUGAAGAAUCCUAUAAGCAUUGACACUGGAAGUGUUCUGUCUACUUUAGAAAAGACAAAACUGAGUAUAACCUCGGGAUCGAUGACAACCUUAUACCACCGCGUAGCUUUGCUGAUUUCUAACGUACUUCGAAAAAAUAACUUUUUAUUAGCUUUUCUGUAUCUCGGAACUAAAAUCUUGUAUUGCGUCAACUUGUUAGGACAGUUUGUUUUUCUUUUAAUCUAUUUUAGACAGGAGCUUGCAAUCAAGGCGGGCAAAAAGGCUGGAGUUGAUAUUUCUCGAUAUAUGAAUCCGUUACUUCUGAAGAUGGGAAUGUGCUCGUAUGACAUCAUGAACAAGGGUAAGGUCAUGGCGUAUGUUUCCCAGUGUGUGCUGCCAAUAACGGAGACCUACGAGAAGCUGUUUGUGUUCCUGUGGUACUGGGUACUCUUCUUGUUAGUGAUCACCAUCAUCAACCUCAUUCUGUGGUCGGCAUUUCUCUUUAUACCAUUUCUCAGGAACAGAAAGCUGUCGAUAUAUUUGCGGGCGUUCAGCACCAACUCCCAUAGCAAUGACGACGAGAGCAAUUAUCAUAGAUUCAUAAGCAACUCCCUGGGUAUCAGCGGAGUUUUCAUGCUGCAUUCGAUAGGCAACUCGAAUGAAAUGGUUGCUGCUGAAUUGACGGGUCAUUUGUUUGAAGAAUUCAAUCAAAGACAACCUCAAGUGAUUCCCUCUGGGUCUCAGGUACAGCCAGAAAAAGAAGAAAUUCGUGAAACACCACUGGAAACAUUUACUAUUUCUGAAACGCCAUAUGCCAAUUAAAAAAGAGAAAAAAAGAGAAAAACAUUUGCAACUAUAAAGAUAACGUACAGAACACACCCCUUCCUGUAAAAUGUAUUUGCAUGAACAUAAUACCAGAUGAACAGUGAUGUGUUACUAUAUAUAAUGAAUAAUGCUAAAACCCGUAUCAAAACAUACUACGAAGUGUUCAGUCUAUAUUAUCUUGCAUAACAUUUUGUUGUUGUUGCAGUAAAGAUUAAUGGUUUCUUAAACUAUUGUCAAACAGUAAAGCUUAAAUGUUCCCUGUUAAUACAGAAAAGUUGUAUCAGUUAGACGCAAAGUUCAGUCUUUUGAUCAGCAAUGAAAUACGAAGUAAUAUGAAGGAAUUAAUUGUUCUGUUUACAAUUAUUAUCUGUUGCUUGAACUCUCUUUCGUUCUUCACAAGCUAUUAACAUUUCUGAAAUGUUUUUAGUUUACGUUGAAAAAGAAUUGAACAUGUCAAAUGAUAAAAUCAAAAUGUCAUCCUAACACUGAAAACAGCUAUUCCUCUUAGUUAAAUUUAUUUCGUUAAGAUUUGAAAGCUCUUGGAGAAAAUGAACAUUCCCUGGUUAAUAUGGAAAUUAUACAAUCGGAAUAAACAAGAUUUGUUUGUUUAUUUUGUUUAACAACACCACUAGAGCAUAUUGGAUGUCAAACAUCGCCUUAGGGAAGAAACCUGCUACAUUUGUCUAUUAAUAACAAGAGAUAUUUUAUAUGUACCAUCCCACAGACAUGAUAGUAGAUAUAUGAUAUACCAGUCGUGGUGCAUUGGCUGGAACGAGAAAUAGUCCAAUGGGACCAUUGACGGGGAUCGAUCCUAGACCGACCGCACAUCAAACGAUCGCUUACCACUGGAUUCCGUCCCGCCCAUCAUACAGCUGGGAGUCGGUAGGUCCCAAGCUUUAGUUCUGCUGUUGAUAGAAGAUGUUCUAUUGGCAAGGGCGAGAUCUAACGCAGGUGGUAGAGGGCUUGCCUAAGAUAUUUGGGUCAAGGUUCGAAUCCCUUCAGUGGUCCCAUUCUCUGACUGCAUUUCCCCGUCCCAACCAGUGCUCCACGACUGGUAUAUUAAAUACCGGGGUUUGUACCGUCCCGUCUGUGGGAAAGUACAUAUACAAUGAUACUGGACGACAGGACACAGUUGUUAGUCGGAGAUUUAAAAGCUGGCGAAGCAAACAUUACUGAAAACCACGGGCUAAAUGUGUUUAAAAAUUAUAAACGACGACAAGUCUGUCUUUUUGUCUAAAACAGUUUUAGGUUGGCUUUCCAUAUGUACUAUUUUUGGGUCCGUCGUCCGUCACAAGCAAAAAAACGCACGCCUGCUAAACUUAUUGUACCCUACCCAUAUGUCACACAUCAUCAGACAUCAAUCGUAUGCGUUUUUAGCGGAUGACGUGCCGUGGUGGAUCUGGAAUCCCUUGCAAUCAUGACACAUCGCCGAGUCUUCGGGCUUUUUCAAAUAACUGCACUACAGUGCCUGAAAGCAUGCAUUAAAAAUAACUCCUGAAUUCGUGAAAUUGUAUAUAUAGAAAGUGUUUCCACGUGUGUGUGUGUGUGUGUGUGUGUGUGUGUGUGUGUGUGUUAUUUGUGACUUUAAUAACCGACCUACCAGCCUCGGUACCAGUCGUGGUUAGGCCAUCGGUCUACAGGCUGGUAGGUACUGGGUUCGGAUCCCAGUCGAGGCAUGGGAUUUUUAAUCCAGAUACCGACCCAAAAACCUGAGUGAGUGCUCCGCAAGGCUCAAUG